GAUGAAUAAUUAGGAAAGGCUCCCAUGAAAUCACUCACCGAGAAAAUUACCUGCCCAUUAAAAGGGAAGUGGCGAGGUGCAGGAGGCUGGAGCCCACCUAUCCCUCCCGAGGCGGGAGGGAGGGGGGCGAGUUGGUGCACAGAAGGGGAAAGACUUGACCAGUGGCUUCGGCUCCGAAUUUGUUAAUUUCCAUCCCUCUAGGACUCUGGGCUCUCUUGCUCACCCCCUUCGCAUCACUGCCCAGCGGGCUGGCGCCCCCUGUAUUGGCGAGUGGUGGAGUGUGGAGGUGGAGGGCUCAGCGCACCCCCUCCUCCCCCCACCCCCCUCCCCGGGGCUGACUCCUAGCAGCUUUCAUUUCUCCCCUCCCCUCCCGCCUCCUCGCUUUUCCUCCUCUAAAGUCCUUCCACCGCCGGCAGCUGCAGGAGGAGGCGGACGCUCCGCUGCGGGGCCGCAGGAGUAGCGGCAGCGGCAGCGGCUGGAGAGGGGGCGCCGGCGGUGGGACCUAGACCGGCGGCUGGACCGCGCGCUCCCUCUCUCUCCCGCUCCGCUCCCGGCUCCUCGGCUUGCUGGCCGCGCUCUGCUCUAGCCGGCAGCCGACGGGGCUCCCAGUCCCUCCGAGGCGACCCCGCGGGGGUAGCCACAGCCUCAGCUCUGCCCCUCCCUCUUUCCCUCCGGGCAGCCCCACCACGCAGCACUUCGCCUCCUCUCCCCGAGUCGUCGGGAUUUCCCUUUGCCUCUCUUUGGAAACGGGAGAGGUGGAAGGAGGCAACGCGGCUGCAAAGCAGAGGCCCGCCAAGUCGGUCCGCGUGCAAAGUGUUGCUCUGACACAACCUGAUUGUGGAAGUUAAGUGAAAAAACUCUGGACGUGGAGCUGCUACCGAGAAGGAGACCGGGGAGAGAAAACCAGUAGGCAGGCCAUUGGUUUUUCCGGCAGCGCGCUGGCAAGUUUGUGGAACACUUUCUAGGAAUUAGGUCUGUUUCCUCUCCCUUCAUCUUCUUGACUUCUGAAGAAAGAACUUGGCUUUGGAUUGCAGUGGAGCCUGAGGAGUGAGGGGUUAGACACACUUGAAUAAUCCCUCCAACUGGGCUGAAUUUGUGGGAAUUUAGGAAGCCAGAGUGUGGAAAUACAGCAGCCUUUGGAGUGCCCUCUGUUAAUUUGGAUGGAUCUAAAUGUGCCCCAUUUACGACAUUUCCACUAAGCCCUUCUAAUCUUGUGCUUUGCUCUUCUUGACUUUAAUUAGCAACUAGGAAAGUCUGAACUUGGGACCUACCUCUUCUUUUGAUACUUAUUUUUGUACUUUUGCUCUCUGGGAUUGGUUUCAUAAGCAAUCUGGAUCCUUUUUAAUAUGUCAAAAUGAGUCGGCUGAUGUUUACACAACUACUGCUCUGUGGAUUUUUGUAUGUCCCGGUUAAUGGAUCUCGUCUUCGCCAGGAAGACUUUCCGCCACGGAUUGUGGAGCACCCUUCCGAUGUCAUUGUUUCUAAGGGAGAGCCCACUACUUUGAACUGUAAGGCAGAGGGCCGACCAACACCCACCAUUGAGUGGUACAAGGAUGGUGAACGGGUGGAGACUGACAAGGAUGAUCCCCGGUCCCACAGGAUGCUGCUACCGAGCGGAUCCUUAUUCUUCUUGCGCAUUGUGCACGGGCGCAGAAGUAAACCUGAUGAAGGAAGCUACGUUUGUGUUGCAAGGAACUAUCUUGGUGAAGCUGUGAGUCGAAAUGCAUCUCUGGAAGUGGCACUGCUGCGAGAUGACUUCAGGCAAAACCCCACAGAUGUCGUAGUGGCAGCUGGAGAGCCUGCGAUCCUGGAGUGCCAGCCUCCCCGGGGACACCCAGAACCCACCAUCUACUGGAAAAAAGACAAAGUUCGGAUUGAUGACAAGGAAGAAAGAAUAAGUAUCCGUGGUGGAAAACUGAUGAUCUCCAACACCAGGAAAAGUGAUGCAGGGAUGUACACCUGUGUUGGCACCAACAUGGUGGGAGAGAGAGACAGUGACCCAGCAGAGCUAACUGUCUUUGAACGACCCACAUUUCUCAGGAGGCCAAUUAACCAGGUGGUGCUGGAGGAAGAAGCUGUAGAAUUUCGUUGUCAAGUCCAGGGAGACCCUCAACCAACUGUGCGGUGGAAGAAGGAUGAUGCAGACUUGCCCAGAGGAAGGUAUGACAUCAAAGAUGAUUACACACUGAGAAUUAAAAAGGCCUUGAGCACAGAUGAAGGCACCUAUAUGUGUAUUGCCGAGAAUCGGGUUGGAAAAGUGGAAGCCUCCGCUACCCUCACAGUUCGAGCUCGCCCUGUUGCUCCUCCACAGUUUGUGGUUAGGCCAAGAGAUCAGAUUGUUGCACAAGGGCGAACAGUGACUUUUCCCUGUGAAACUAAAGGAAACCCACAGCCAGCGGUUUUUUGGCAAAAAGAAGGCAGCCAGAACCUGCUUUUCCCAAACCAACCCCAGCAGCCCAACAGUAGAUGUUCCGUGUCACCCACUGGAGACCUCACGAUCACCAACAUUCAGCGUUCAGACGCGGGCUACUAUAUCUGCCAGGCCCUAACCGUGGCAGGAAGCAUCUUAGCAAAAGCUCAGCUGGAAGUUACUGAUGUUUUGACAGACAGACCUCCACCCAUAAUUCUGCAAGGCCCAGCUAACCAAACACUAGCAGUAGAUGGCACAGCAUUGCUGAAAUGUAAAGCUACUGGUGAUCCGCUUCCUGUAAUUAGCUGGUUAAAGGAGGGAUUCACUUUUCUGGGUAGAGAUCCAAGAGCAACUAUACAUGAGCAAGGAACAUUGCAGAUUAAAAAUUUACGGAUUUCUGAUACUGGCACUUAUACUUGUGUGGCUACAAGUUCAAGUGGGGAGACUUCCUGGAGUGCCGUGCUGGAUGUGACAGAAUCUGGAGCAACAAUCAGUAAAAAUUAUGAUUUAAGUGACCUGCCAGGACCACCAUCCAAACCACAGGUCACUGAUGUUACUAAGAACAGUGUCACCUUAUCCUGGCAGCCAGGUAGCCCUGGAACCCUCCCAGCAAGUUCAUAUAUCAUUGAGGCAUUCAGCCAAUCAGUGAGCAAUAGCUGGCAGACGGUGGCCAACCAUAUAAAAACCACCCUCUACACAGUGAGAGGACUGCGGCCCAAUACAAUCUACUUAUUCAUGGUCAGAGCAAUCAAUCCUCAAGGUCUCAGUGAUCCAAGCCCUAUGUCAGAUCCUGUGCGCACACAAGAUAUCAGCCCACCAGCACAAGGAGUGGACCACAGACAAGUACAGAAGGAACUGGGAGAUGUCAUUGUCCGCCUCCACACUCCAGUAGUGCUGACUCCCACGACUGUUCAAGUCACAUGGACGGUUGAUCGCCAGCCCCAGUUUAUUCAAGGCUACCGAGUGAUGUAUCGUCAAACCUCAGGACUUCAAGCUACGUCAACAUGGCAGAAUUUAGAUGCUAAAGUCCCAAAUGAACGAAAUGCCGUUUUAGUCAAUCUGAAAAAGGGGGUGACUUAUGAAAUUAAAGUUCGACCUUAUUUUAAUGAGUUCCAAGGAAUGGACAGUGAAUCUAAAACAGUUCGAACUACCGAAGAAGCCCCAAGUGCCCCUCCACAGUCUGUCACGGUGCUGACAGUUGGAAGCCACAAUAGCACAAGCAUUAGUGUUUCCUGGGAUCCUCCCCCUCUGGAUCAUCAGAAUGGAAUUAUCCAAGAAUACAAGAUCUGGUGUCUGGGGAAUGAAACACGAUUUCAUAUAAACAAAAGUGUGGAUGCAGCCAUUCGGUCUGUAAUAAUUGGUGGAUUAUUCCCAGGUGUUCAAUACCGGGUAGAGGUUGCAGCGAGUACCAGUGCAGGGGUUGGAGUAAAAAGUGAACCACAACAAAUAAUAAUUGGUGGACGUAAUGAAGUUGUCAUUACAGAAAACAAUAACAGUAUAACUGAGCAAAUCACGGAUGUUGUGAAGCAACCAGCCUUUAUAGCUGGUAUUGGUGGUGCCUGCUGGGUAAUUUUGAUGGGUUUUAGCAUCUGGUUGUAUUGGCGAAGAAAGAAGAGAAAGGGACUCAGUAAUUAUGCUGUUACAUUUCAAAGAGGGGAUGGAGGACUAAUGAGCAAUGGAAGUCGUCCAGGUCUUCUGAAUGCUGGGGAUCCCAAUUAUCCAUGGCUCGCUGAUUCCUGGCCAGCCACGAGCUUGCCAGUAAACAACAGCAAUAGUGGCCCAAAUGAGAUUGGGAAUUUUGGGCGUGGAGAUGUGCUGCCACCAGUUCCAGGCCAAGGGGAUAAAACAGCAACAAUGCUCUCAGAUGGAGCCAUUUAUAGCAGCAUUGACUUCACAACCAAAACCACUUACAACAGUUCCAGCCAAAUAACACAGGCUACUCCAUAUGCCACGACACAGAUCUUGCAUUCCAACAGCAUACAUGAAUUGGCUGUCGAUCUGCCUGACACACAAUGGAAAAGCUCAAUUCAGCAAAAAACAGAUCUGAUGGGAUUUGGUUAUUCUCUUCCCGAUCAGAACAAAGGUAACAAUGCCUUACUUUACAUCCCUGACUACCGAUUGGCUGAGGGAUUGUCUAAUAGAAUGCCACACAACCAGUCACAGGAUUUCAGCACCACCAGCUCUCACAACAGCUCAGAGAGGAGUGGCAGUCUCUCAGGUGGGAAAGGUGGAAAAAAGAAGAAAAAUAAAAACUCUUCUAAACCGCAGAAAAACAAUGGAUCAACUUGGGCCAAUGUCCCGCUACCUCCUCCCCCAGUCCAGCCACUUCCCGGUACAGAGCUGGAACACUAUGCAGCCGGACAGCAAGAAAACGGCUAUGACAGUGAUAGCUGGUGCCCGCCAUUACCAGUACAAACAUACUUACACCAGGGUAUGGAAGAUGAACUGGAAGAAGAUGACGAUCGUGUCCCAACACCUCCUGUCCGAGGAGUGGCUUCUUCUCCUGCUAUUUCCUUUGGACAGCAGUCCACAGCAACUCUGACUCCAUCCCCACGGGAAGAGAUGCAGCCCAUGCUGCAGGCUCACCUGGAUGAGUUGACAAGGGCCUAUCAGUUUGACAUCUCAAAGCAAACAUGGCACAUUCAAAAUAAUAAUCAACCUCCACAGCCUCCAGUUCCACCAAUAGGUUACAUGUCCGGAGCCUUGAUUUCUGAUUUGGAAACAGAUGUUCCAGAUGAUGAUGCUGAUGAUGAGGAGGAGGCUUUAGAAAUCCCCAGACCCCUGAAAGUGCUAGAGCAGACACCUGGAUCCAGUAUGGACAACCUAGACAGCUCUGUGACAGGUUCAAUGGUAAAUGGAUGGGGCUCUGCAUCUGAUGAGGAUCGUAACUUUUCUAGUCGUAGAUCUAGUGUAGGUAGCUCCUCAGAUGGCUCCAUCUUUGCCAGCGGCAGUUUUGCACAAGCACUGGUGGCAGCAGCAGAUAAGGCUGGUUUUAGGCUGGAAGGAACCAGACUUACAAGAACAGGCAAAGCCUUUACCUCCUCUCAAAGACCUCGACCAACUAGCCCAUUUUCUACUGACAGUAACACCAGUGCAGCCCUGAGUCAAAGUCAGAGGCCUAGGCCGACUAAAAAACACAAGGGAGGGCGAAUGGACCAACAACCAGCAUUGCCUCAUCGAAGGGAAGGAAUUUCAGAUGAUCUUCCACCACCACCAGAUCCCCCUCCUGGUCAGGGUUUAAGGCAGCAAAUAGGCCCGAGCCAGCAUGCUGGUAACGUGGAAAACUCAACAGAGAGAAAAGGAAGCUCUCUGGAGAGACAAGCAGCAUCCACCUUAGAAGACACAAAGAGCUCAUUGGAUUGUCCAGCUAGAACAUCCCUAGACUGGCAGCGACAAACCCAGGAAUGGAUUAACUCCACAGAACGCCAAGAAGAUAUACGGAAAGCCCUACACAAACAAGGUGUUGGACCAGAGGAGACCUUGGUGCCCUACAGCAAGCCCAGCUUCCCAUCGCCAGGAGGCCAUAGCUCCUCAGGAACAGCUUCUUCUAAAGGAUCCACCGGGCCUAGGAAAGCUGAGGCCUUGAGGGGUGGCCACCAGCGCAAUGCCAGCGACCUUCUUGACAUAGGUUAUAUGGGCUCAAAUAGUCAAGGACAGUUUACAGGUGAAUUAUAGUAACUGCGAGGAGAUGUGCAAAGCUGCUCUGAAGGACCAUCAGGUCUGAACUCAUGGAAGUGACGACACUAAACAGUGCAAUGAACAAUUUCCUUAUUUAUGUACUAUUAAAAGAACUGUAAAUGCAAUGUAAAGACACACAGCCACACAUAUCCCACAGAUAUUUUACUUGUGUUCUUCUCUUAAGUACACCACCCACCUUAACUCUUUCUUGUCAGGAGUAUACAAAAAAAGAAAGAAAACAAAGCUCGCCCUCCAGGAAGAAAUGGAUUUUCCUCUGUAUAUAAUUUCUUUUGUGCAUUGCUAUGCAAGCUCACUCUUUUUAGCUCUGUUCAUAUUAUUGUCUGUUCUUAUUGGUCUAUUGUACUAUAUGUGAAUUAAUAGGCUGUGGUGCCAUAUAUUAACUUUUAAUUGUGUAACUUUUAUGUUUAAAUUUUGCACUGCAAUUUUAUUUGGUGAUAAGCACAAAUCUCUACUCCUCGUGACAUGAAGAAAAAGACUGAAUGUGAAGGGAGUUUCUGUACUGUAAGCCAGGUUGGAUGAUGCUGGUUGUAACCAAUCACGCUAGAUGUUGUUCAGUUGGGGUAUAGAAAUAGGAAGAUGUGAAGGAGAGUGGUGUUGGUGAAGUCUUCUUUGAACAUCAGGAACUGAGUCAAUAAAAAAAGCAGAAAAGUGGCUUUUACUGUUGACAAAAGCAUGGGUCAAAAGAAGGAAGUUUUAGUCUUAAGACUGAAUAGGCAUUAAAAUAUACAGGUAGCAAAGAUGUACUAAACUUGCUUUAAGAAAUAAUAAGGAAAUUAAAGUUAUAUUUAGAAUCAAUUUUACCUGUUGUUGUAAUUGACCCAUCUGAGAAUUACAACAAGCAAAAAGAAAUUAAGAUGUUUCACAAGAGCUGUAUUUAUAUAAUCUUUUUUAAAAAGCAUUUUCUGAAUUACCAUAAUUAAUCUCUCCAACUCAUUAAGUCAGAAUAUAAUACAAUGUUCCCCAAGGAAACAAACCAAAUGAACUCUAGAAUAUCCAGCAAAUAUUUAAAGAGACAAUUUAUUAUCAGAACAUACUCAGACUGCUCCAAGAUACAAAAACUCUAUCACAGUAUCAUGUUUCAUCUUUCUAAUACAUGUACAGUAUACACUAGAGGAUAGAGCUACAUCACUUCAAGUCAUGACUUUUAAAAAAUAAUGCAGUCUAUAUGCAACUUUGUGUUUUAUUUGAUGAAGAAGUGAAGUUUAUGCCACCAACUGUAUAGCCAAACUGUAAGUGCUUAAAAAGCAGUGCUCAGAGUAUGUUCAAUUCACAGUAAGUAGACUUAUUGGCAUAAGUAUUUUAUGGUACACUCUCAGAAAUUGGCUACCAACUAAAAUAUGUUUGACCCAUUUUGAAUGAGUAAAUUGACAAGAAAAAUUGAAAAGAAGAAAAAUGCAUGUUUAUACACUUUUUAAAUAAAACCAAACCUCAUAAAUGGACAUUAACAACAGUGUCCUGCCUCAUUUGUUUUCACGACUUUGAGAACAAGAAUUUCCUGAACAUCAGUCAUGUGUGGUCAAAAUGAGUAUGACUUUGAAAUAUGUUCGCUACUGUACAUGUAUAGUAAGUCAAGUAGAGGAGAACCCUCCUAAAAUUUCUACUUGUGACAUUUCCCAUGUGCUGCCUACACAAUUGUAAACAAUAUCUCUAGUUAUAUUGUCUUAUGUUAUUCCUAUGACAUGUCCAGUAGUUGAUUCUUUAAAACAUAUUCAAUGUUAUAAUAAGGAUCAAUUCUAAUAUACGGGACCAUUUGAAUGACAAAUCCUGCUUCUUGCAUUUUUGGCUCAGUCACUGAUUGAAUGGCAUAUUGUUACAGUAAUGACAAAAUUAAAUGUUUUCACCUUUCAUAUUCCUUGAAACUGCAUCAACACAGGCAAGCACAGAGGAACAUAAUGUUCUUUAUAGGCUCCAACCUCUUUUUGGUGCCAUGUACUUCAUUUCUUCACUGAGGAGAAAUUCUGACACGUAAAACCCUUCAACUUUCUCCCUUAAGUGUCUGAAUUUCAGUGCAGUUUGAUUUCUUUGGGACAAAGAUACUGGGAAAGCUGAGAAGUUUCUGCUAAGAAUGAGUAUAUACUUACAACCACAAGAUGUGAGGAAUUUACAUUUUUAUUUAUGCAAUUCCUUACUUCACCUCUUUCUGUUUAAAAGCAAACAAAGUUUUGUUCAUUUGUAUUUCUUCUUUAUCUUCCUCUAUAACACAAUCAGGUCUAAAACUUUAGUUCAUUACCCAUAUUACACAUAGCCUUUGACCCCUGGUAACUGGCAGGUGUAUGUGACUAAUAAACCAUGAGUUCAAAAAUGGAGUAUGUGUACGCAGGUGACUCCUGAAAUAGUACUAGGCAUACAUCAUACCUUCCUAAUUGUCUCCAAUGCGUAAAGCCAACUGUUAUGGUUACAUUAUGUCAGUGCAAACCUUAUGGUUUCUUGGACUAUUCUUUUAGAAUAUUCCACAUUUCCCGUUCAAUCUAGUUUUAAAUACAUUGCUUGGUCAAAUAUUGCAUACAAAUUAGCACACUCAAAUACAUACAGAGCACAGUAAAAAGCUGUGGCUAUCCAAAUGAAUUCAGGAGCACACCAAAGCAUUGUCAGCUUGCCAUGGGUAAAAAUCUUCUAAUCCUUGUUAAUCAAAAUAUCAUUUAAAAGGGUACAAACACAUACGAGAAUGGCCAUGAUUUUUCAUUUUGCAGCCAGUUAAAUGACUGGUUAGUCUUUCACUUAGCUGACUCUUCCUUGGGUGUAAACAGAGGCAGAUACACAUAUGCUGUCAGAAGGGGAUCUGGGAGGGACAGAGUGUAAUCUUACCCUGUACUUGCAGACAGUACUGCAGUGCAGUCAUAACCCACAGGCACAGCUCCAUUCAUAAUAUGCAAAGUCUCCUUUGGGGAAACAGCUGUGACAGUGCCCCAACUCAGGUAUACAUCAGUGUAGGCAAGCAGAGUCCAGCUACCUACCCCUUCGCCAAGUUUUCCCCAUGCCUAUUUAAAGGUAGGUGGGAGAGUACAGAGACAUGAAAACAAUUGAUUCCUUCACAGGAUUUGCAUCCAGUUCAAGGGAAAACAGAAAAAUCAAAGUCAACAUUUAAGAUAUUAUGCAACCAAAGGAGGAAAAAAAAACUUUGCAAGUUUACUUGCUUUAGGUAUCAAAACAGAUUAAAUGGUUCUCUAUGCCAUAGUUUAAUGCUCUGUGUAUUUAAAUAUAUUUUCAAUGGGGUUUGAGUUGAAAGUUUGCAUGAGAUUGAUAGAUAGAACACCUCCAAAUUUCUAUUGAUCUAAUUUAUGUAAUUGUCCAUUUACAACAUAAUUAUAACAACACCAAUGAACUUGAAACUGUGGUUUAUCCUCUCCACUGGAAGUGAAUGUGUGUCAGUAUUAAAAACAUGCAGAACCAUGACAUUCACAAAUUUGUUCAUCCACUUCUGUAUACUGUAUUUAUAGAAUUACAUGACAAGAAUUGUUGUAAUGCAACAUGUCUUUCCACAUUAUCUUAGAGGUGAAGUUACUUUUUUUUUGCUUCCCUAUGAUGUGUACGUUAAAUGAAACACCAUACAUUUUUUAAAUGAAAUUCAAUUUACUAAUUUAUCUCAUAAUUUUCAAAAGCAUUUAUUGUGACUUUAAAGUGUUGCAAGAUAAGGGAUUUUGUGGCCGUGGUUAGACUUUUAUACUUUGUUUUAUAGAUGGAUUCUUUUUUAACUGUAGUUUGUUUAAGUCACCAAACAGCGUCCAAAAUCUUAAUGUGUUUCAUUUGAUGUUGUUGAUCAGAAAAGUAAUUGGCGUAACAUUGAUUAAUAGUAUUGUCAAAGAAUUGUGUAUUGUGUACUCACUGGGAAAAAAUAAAAUAUAUUCACAUUUCAAA